AAGAUGAAGGCUUCAGUUGGCAAAAUCAAACAUUGCACACUGCCCCCUGUAGUCCUAGUGUGCGUCCGCCAUUGCCUAGAAGGAAUGAUGGGAUAUUUUAAACUUGAUCAAAUGGCAGAUUAACCUACUAAUAAAGUUUUCUGCCUCUUAUAUAAAGGCUUUGAUUCUGCUAUCAGAAAGUGGAAGUUUAGGUAUAGCAUCACCCAACUAGCUAAAAGAAUGGAAGCAGGAAGAAGUAGCAGCAGGAAGCCUUACUUGGUCGUUAUUGUGAUACAAACAAUAUAUGCAGGCAUGUUCUUGCUCUCCAAGGCUGCAUUGAAUGGUGGCAUGAACACUUAUGUGUUUGUGUUUUAUAGACAGGCUGCUGCAACUCUCUUUUUAGUUCCUCUUGCUCUUUUUCUCGAAUGGAAAACGGCGCCACCGCUGUCUUUCAUGACCUUCUGCAAGAUUUUUCUGCUUUCAUUUUUCGGGAUUACUGUAAGCUUGGACUUCUGUGGCGUUGGCCUUCUUUAUACCUCGGCGACUUUGUCUGCUGCAAUCAGAAACAGCCUUCCUGUCAUUACUUUUCUGUUGGCACUUCUACUCAGGAUGGAAGUAUUGAAGCUAAGGACAACCUCAGGUGUGGCUAAGCUUGCAGGCAUAUUAUUUUGCACGGCAGGGGUGGUGACCCUGGCCGUAUACAAAGGCCCCCGUUUGAAUCUCCUGGGGCAUCAUAAUCUCUUUCAUCACCAUAACAUCCAAGAACAUGAAGGCCAUGUUCCAUCUGGAAAAACAUGGAUAAAGGGUUGCUUCCUCGUGCUGAUGUGCCACAUCUUUUGGGGCUUGUGGCUUGUGUUGCAGGCAGGAGUUAUGAAAAGCUACCCUUCAAUGCUUCUCUUCACAACUCUACAAUGCUUUCUAAGUUCAAUCCAGACGUUUGUCAUUGCCAUCGCUGUUGAGAGAAACCCCUAUCAAUGGAAGCUCGGAUGGAAUCUCAAACUUGUGGCAGUAGCUUACAGCGGAAUUGUUGUUACCGGCAUUACUUUCCAUUUACAAGCGUGGGUAAUCGAGAAGAAGGAUCCAGUUUUCUUGGCUAUGUCGACACCAUUGGCUUCUAUCAUCACACUCUUUGCUUCUGCAAUUCUCUUGGGAGAAAUCAUUAGUCUGGGAAGUAUCUUAGGUGGGCUCUUAUUGGUUGGAGGGCUUUAUAGUGUUUUAUGGGCGAAGAGCAGAGAGCAAAGUAUAGUUGAUGAGAGUUGCUUAAGAGCUGAAGCAAGGGCGUAGCUAGGGGUGAUGUUCAAGUUAUGCGAUGUUUCUAGUUUCACACAGCUUGUAAACCUUUCAUUAACCCCUCUACAUCUUUCCAAAUUUUGUGACUUUCCAUUAUUCAUUUGCUUACAUUUCAAUAAACCAUUCAAGUUCCAAUAGAUUUAAAUCACAAACAUAUGAAAAAGCCAUAUAACUAUCAUUUUGUUAGUAUGAGAAUUGUAUGUUGGCAUUCCCCUUAUACAAAACUUAUCCACCUGUCGGACAUGUGCUGCGACUCAACAUGCCUUCAGCUUUGCUGUCACCCUCUUGCUGCCCCUUGCUUGCUUUCGGCUGCAUCAUUGCAUGACUGCCUCACUUUUUGCUUUCGGCCCCGUGCCUAAGAGUGUUCUAGCUAAAAGUGUGUGAGUGAUUUGAUCUAAGCAUUUGGAUCAGUAACACAUGACAAGGACCCACUGACUCAUACAAAAUUUGGGUUGUGCGCUGUGAUCUUCUGGUGAUUUGUUAGUAUUAACAUAUUGGCAAGGAGAGGCAAUAUCCCAUUGAGAUGGAUCCGGGUGAGGAAGAAAAUCUUGGAGAGGUAAUUAAUAUCUCCUUGAGAUGGAUCCGGGUGAGGAAGAAAAUCUUGGAGAGGUAAUUAAUAUCCCCUUGAGAUGGAUCCGAGUGAAGAAGAAAGGUGAAAGCAACCAUAUCUUUUCCUUGCUGCCCACUUAAUUCAAUCAUGGAGACCUUGCUGUCGUAAAUGAAAAGGGAAGGACAUGGCAGCUAGGUUCUCCAUCUUUCUAUCAUGGAAAUCUUGCUGUUAAAUAAAAGGUUUCGAUCUAGCCUUGUUGUUAAUCUUAAUAUCCACUCAGUGCAAUCAUGAAGACCUUGCUGUCAAAGAUAGAAGUAGGGAGCAAGUGCAUCUGGACCUCGUGGUCUUACUCCAACCAAGCUGAAGAAACUUGGUUAUUGUUCCUCCUAUAUAUAUAGGAGUUCUGUGGUUUUUGAGGGUGUGUGUCUGAGUUCAAAGUUCAAGAGAUUAAGUUAGUCAUGAGUAUAUUUCAUUCUUGAUAUUCUCUUGUAUUAAACACCGAUGAGUUCAGUUGAGAAAAUCAACUAUGUUUGAGUUUUCAAGACCGAUGUUUUCAAGACAAGUGGAGCACAUUUAGAAGCUGUAGACAAAUUACUGAGAGGUAGUUCAACUGGCUAAAAGAGUUUAGCUAGAGAUAACCGAGUCCAGAGUUAUCCGAGAGGUUGUAAGUGUACCUUGUAUUUUGUUUACUAUUUUAUAGUGUGUGCUUAAGCACUUGGCCCGAGGCCCGCAGUUGUUUA